CGGGCUUGGAAUGCGUAUAUGUGAGUACACGAGAAAGCAGCUUGCACUCUGUCUGAGUCCGAGUUACCGGCUUACAUAAAAUAUGUUCAGCGAAGAAGAAAUUUUCUACUCCGUCCUGCUUUUUCUUUGGAUUGUUUAUUUCUGGGAUGCGUAUCUCUCAUCAAGACAGAGGUAUCUUGCUAAGACAGUAGAGAAAGUUCCUGAAGCGCUGGAGAAGGUGCUGGACCAAGAUACAUUUACUAAAGCCCGACUCUACUCUUUGGACAAAAGCACGUUUGGCUUCUGGUCGAGCCUUUACAAUCAGCUAGAGUCUACGGUGAUUUUGUGUGCGGGUGCCCUACCUUUUGUUUGGAAACUGUCUGGAAGAAUCACAGGUCAUUUUGGAUAUGGUGUGGAGUAUGAGAUUUUGCAGUCGCUCACUUUCAUCUUGAUAUUUCUGCUUUAUUCAACAAUUACCUCCCUUCCCUGGAGUUUGUAUCAAACAUUUGUUUUGGAGGAGAAGCAUGGAUUUAAUAAACAGACACUGCCAUUCUUCCUAAAGGACACAGUAAAGAAGUUGUUAGUGGGAAUGGCUCUGGCUCUUCCAACAGUCUCCCUCCUCAUCUACAUCAUCAAGAUCGGGGGCGAUUAUUUCUUCAUCUAUGCCUGGGGAUUUAUGUUAGCAGUGUCUUUGUUUCUGAUUACCAUCUAUGCUGAUUUUAUUGCACCUCUGUUUGACAAAUUCACUCCACUGCCAGAUGGAGAAUUACGGACCAAGAUUGAGGGGCUGGCUGCAAGCAUUGAAUUCCCCCUAACCAAACUCUAUGUUGUAGAAGGGUCAAAGCGUUCAGCACACAGCAAUGCCUAUUUUUAUGGAUUCUUUAAGAACAAGAGGAUUGUGCUAUAUGACACAUUGAUAGAAGACUAUACCCCAGAUAGCCAAGAGGAUAAUACUGAUUCAAAAGAUGAGAAAGAAGAAACGAAAUCAGAAGAGAAACCAGAAAAUGAAGAGAAGACUGAUUCAAAAGAAAAGACGGCAAAGAAGACUGGGUGUAACACAGAGGAAAUUCUGGCUGUCCUAGCUCAUGAAUUAGGGCACUGGAAGUUAAACCAUGUCCUUAAAAACUUCUUCAUAAGCCAGUUGAAUACGUUCCUUUGCUUUAUGGUAUUCGCCUUCCUAGCAAAAAAAGUGGUGAUUUUCCGAGCCUUUGGGUUUGAUACCGAGCCUACACUCAUUGGUCUUAUGAUCAUAUUCCAAUAUAUCUUCUCACCUUAUAAUGAGAUUUUAGGCUUCCUGAUGAUUAUUUACACCAGACACUGUGAAUUCCAGGCAGACUUUUUUGCUAAGUCUCUGAAGCAUGCAGCCCAGUUGAAAUCAUCACUAAUCAAGCUCAACAAAGACAACCUUGCUUUCCCUGUAACUGAUUGGCUGUAUUCAACUUUCAACUACUCCCACCCUCCUCUGCUGGAGAGACUGAAAGCACUUGAGAAAACAGACUAGUAUUAUCAAAAGGAAGUAGUGGGAAAUCUCGAAAUUAAUUGUGCUUUUUUUCAUUGGUGCAUUUUGUCUUGUAGUUCAGAAAUAUGUUGAUGUAAAAAUGAUCGAAGAUUCAUUCAUUCAAUAAAAAAUGUCAAUCAUUACUAAAA